UGGAAAAGCCUUUACCCAGCGGACGCAUCUUACCUCUCAUCAGAAAACUCAUGUUGGAAAAAAAGCUUACGUGUGUGGAGUCUGUGGAAAGGCGUUCAAACGCAGCACAAGCCUGGCUAGUCAUCAGACUAUGCACUGUCGCGUUCACGCCGGCAAGAAGCGGUAUGAAUGUGCAGACUGUGGCAAGGCUUUUAGUUGGCACUCAAACCUUAUUCGUCAUAGGAAAGCUCACGCUGGAGAGAAACUUUUCAAAUGUAAGGAAUGUGGGGAGCAUUUUACAUUUUAUUCACAACUUAGUGUACAUAGACGAAUUCACACUAAUGAGAAGUCUUACCACUGUAAGGAGUGUGGGAAAUCCUUUACUUUGAGAUCGAACUUGGCUCGCCAUCACAGAGUUCACACCGGGGAGCGGCCAUAUGCGUGCGAUGAGUGUGGAAAAGCUUUUAGUUGGCACUCAAACCUUAUUCGUCAUAAGAAAGCUCACGCUGGAGAGAAACCUUUUAAGUGCAAGGAAUGUGGGGAGCAUUUUACACUUUAUUCACAACUUAGUGUACAUAGACGAUUUCACACUGGUGAGAAAUCUUACCACUGUAAGGAGUGUGGGAAAUCCUUUACUUUGAGAUCGAACUUGGCUCGCCAUCACAGAGUUCACACCGGGGAGCGGCCAUAUGCGUGCAAUGAGUGUGGAAAAGCCUUUACCCAGCGGACGCAUCUUACCUCUCAUGAGAAAACUCACACUGGAGAAAAAGCUUUUCCAUGUAAGGACUGUGGAAAAGCCUUUAGCCAAAAAGCGUGUCUUACUAAACAUAAGAGAGUUCACAGUGGUGAGAGCCACUAA